GAUGAGGAUAUAGAGAAAACCCCCAAAACACCGGAACCCAUCUCUCUCUCUCUCACUCUCAGAUUCUCUUCUUUUCUCUCUCUGGGAGAAAUAGAGGAGUUUCUCUCUCUCUCUCUCUCUGGCUCAGAGCAUCAGAGUUCUCUUAGUCUCAGCAUUCCUUUUAAGGGAGGUGGAGGGGUUUCAGUACUCUCAGUCUGAGUUGUCUUCCCCAAAAAGAACCCCUUCCCUGCUGGGUUCUGCAACGCAAUACCCAAAUCUCAUAAGCAGCUUUUAAAAAUGAGGAUCCGAAAGCGAUGGCCGCUUACUAACCCUCCUCUACCUCCAUCUUCAUCCUCAUCAUCGCCUCCUCCAUCACUCACAGUUACACCAGCAACAACACCAGAUCUCUCUUCUACGAGAGCCCUUCAUCUUCUAUCCUCCUCACAAUCAGGUGGUAGAGGUGGUGAAGGUGGAGGUGGGGGUGAUGGUGGUUGUGGGUUGCACCGCCUCGCUGAUCUCUCCGUCGUUGAAGCCAGGAGUAGAAUAUCCCCUUCCCGGCCUAGUGAUUUAUCCAAUCCAAGCAUCCCCCAACGCCCCGAUCUGCAGCUCACGAUUGUCCGAGGAAACAACGGCUGGAUUUGCGCCGGCAACGAGAGAGACAUGAAGCCGGACAACAAGGGGGAUUCCGAUGGCUGUAAUUACAUGCACCCCACUCCCUCUCCUCCUAACCAUCUCGAGGAUUCUCAAGUCGGGGUGGUUGGCAUCGCCGGCGGCGGAGGAACUGGACGAGAGCAUGUUGAGGAAAAUAGUUUGGCUCUUCCAACCAAUCGAAGAAAUGAGAAUAACCUUGGUGCACCCACAUCUGUUGGAAUCUCAGCUUCUUCGUCUUUGUCUCAUCAAGUAGGUGGGAGAUGGUGUGAAGGAGAGAGAGCGUUUCCAUUGAAGAAGAGAAGGGCGAGCUAUGAGAGGAAGAUAACCGACGAUACAAUAAAGGAGAAAGAUAAGAAAAUGAAAACUAGAGUGAGAACCAAGGUAGCAAAGACAUGGGUUGAUGAAGACGAUGAAGAUGAGGAAGAAGAUGAUGAAGAAGAAGCAGAAAAAGAAGAACGAAGAGAAGGUAAACUGGUGAAUGGUAAUGGUAAUGGUGCAAAGAAGAGAGGAAGUGUAGGUGUGAUCAUGGAGGGUUCGAGGUGCAGCCGUGUCAAUGGGAGAGGUUGGAGAUGUUGUCAACAGACCCUUGUGGGUUACUCUUUAUGCGAGCAUCAUUUGGGCAAAGGAAGACUCCGGAGCAUGAGCAGUGUUCGCAACCGUGCUUCCACCAUUACUAAUAGACCUAAGAAUAUCAAGGAAGAAGAAAGUGGGUUAAUGUUGUUAUCGUCAUUGUCGUCUUCACCUACUCAGCGUAUGAAGAGCUUAAACCAGGAGGAGUCUGUGGAAGACGAAGAAGAAGAAGAUGAUGAUGAUGACAAGCCAUUGAUGAAAACAAAGAAGAAGAGAAAGAAGAUUGGUAUGGUCAAGGCUCGAUCUAUAAGCAGCUUGCUUGGCCAAACCCAUCACCUUACACCAGCGAUAGUAACUCUGCCACCAUCUUCUGAUCCUACUGGCCAUAACAUGGUGACAUGAAUGCUCUCUCUCUCUCUUUCUCUCUCUCUCUUUGUUCAUGGAAUCUUGUUUGGAUAUACAGAAGUAGGAGUGGUGCAUGAACUAUGAUUUUGUUGGGCUUUAUUUCUGCUAUUCCUUUUUGAAUUAUGAGGGAUGUUUUUGUA